UCAGAUUACGUCGUCUCCUCCUACAUACCGACCAUCGGGUCCCUUCUUGCUGCCAGAAACGCGUAUUCGCCCAUCCUCAAGGACAACGUUCAAGCGCUCGUCGCUGCAACGCCUCGGUCGAGCAUGUCGCAGUGGAGCGACCUUAUCAACACGCGCGAAGAAGCGAGAGCGAUCCGUGCCGUCUUACCAAGCGGAUCCAUGAUGGAGCUGUCUCCCGCAGACGACGCUUGCAUUGAGGGCGAAAACGGGAUCACGGCGGAGACGCUGCUAAAGCUGCUCCCACAGACGAACAUCCUGCACCUCGCGUGCCAUGGCCAUCAAGAUCUGGAGAAUCCGUUGCAGAGCGGAUUCAUUCUGCGUGACGAGAAACUCACGAUCGAACGACUCAUGCCUGUACCCCUCCCUCGCGCGUUCAUGGCAUUCUUGAGUGCUUGCGAAACAGCCAAAGGUGACUUCAAUCAGCCUGAUCAGGUGGUCCAUCUCGCCGCCGCCAUGUUCUUCGCAGGAUUCAAAAGCGUCAUCGCUACGCUCUGGUCCAUGGCGGACGCGGACGGGCCGGAGAUAGCUCGAUCUGUAUACCAGAAGAUAUUCAGCGGCAAAUUGGAUCACAUCGACCCCGAUGACAUCGCGUACGCCCUCGACGAGGCCGUCACGAAACUACGAACCGUCCAGCCUGAGCCGCUCCGAUGGGCACCGUAUAUACACCUAGGGAUUUGA